UUGCGGGAACACAUGUGGUCAGGGGCGGACUGACCAUUUGGAAACUCGGGCACUGCCCGAGGCCCGGGGUCGGUAGGGGGCCCCAUGAGAUGCCCCUGGUACCUUUUUCAUAGGCUUUUUAGAAUUUGGGCAAGGACACAGGGGCCCCAUGAUCCCCUAUUGCCCGGGGGCCCCAUGAGUUGUCAGUCCGCCCCUGCAUUCCGCCCCUGCUUGCGUAUUCUCAGUGUACAGACUGAGGAUUCAGAUCAGGGCCCCAUGAGUUUUCUGGUUUGUACAUCUGUG